AUGCGCGGCCCAGGAUCGAAAGAAGUUCAACAUGUGGCGAAAAUCGAUCCGGAUACGGGUCUUAUAGCCAACAUCGACGAGAUUCGGAAUCAAGAAUAUCCCAAUCUCUCACAAACAACCUAUCUCGACCAUGCCGGCACCACCCUGUACCCCAAGAGCCUUAUCGAGGCGUAUGCCAAAGAACUGAGCAGCAACAUCCUGGGAAACCCCCACUCAGCAUCGGCCUCAUCUCAGUUGUCUUCGCGUCGCAUUGACGACGUACGGCUGAGCAUCCUACGGUUCUUCAAUGCGAGCCCGGACGACUUUGACGUGGUCUUCGUUGCCAAUGCCACAGCUGCUAUCAAGCUUGUGGCCGACGCCUUCCGCGACAGCAACGAUGGCUUCUGCUACCGAUACCACGUCGAAUCCCACACGAGUGUCGUUGGUGUCAGAGAAUUGGCAUCCGAAGGAAGUCAUUGUUUGAGAGAUGAUGAUGAAGUCGAACAAUGGCUCACCAACCUGGAACAGCCAAGUGCAGACUUCGGUCGGACGACGUUAUUGUUUGCAUAUCCAGGCCAGUCUAACAUGACGGGACGACGCUUGCCCUUGCGAUGGCCAGAGAAGAUACAGAGAUUGCGCGCCUCUCGAAACCUGCCUGUGUACUCUCUUCUCGACGCGGCGGCACUAGUGUCCACAGCCCCUCUAGACCUAUCCAACAGUUCGGCAGCUCCUGACUUCACGGCCGUCAGCUUCUACAAGAUCUUCGGCUUCCCCGACGUCGGCGCUCUGAUCGUUCGAAAAGGCUCAGGAGACAUCUUGCUACAACGAAAAUACUUCGGCGGCGGCACUGUCGACAUGGUGACCAUGGUCGGCGAGGCCUGGCACGCAAAGAGAGAAACAUCCUUACACACCCGACUCGAGGAUGGCACCCUACCCUUUCACAACAUCGUCGCAUUAGACCUGGCGCUGGACAUCCACAAACGACUCUAUGGCGGCAUGGCCAACAUAUCGAGGCACGCCAACUCUCUUGCAUCCAAGCUUCGCCGUCUACUACGCGACCUGCGACACGCGAACGGAGCACAGGUUUGUGUCUUGUACCCAGGGGACGAGGUGUCCGAAACGACUCAAGGUCCAGUCGUCGCCUUCAAUCUCAAAGAAAAACAGGGCAAGAUCGUGAGCACAAACGAAGUCGAAAAGCUCGGCAUCGUCAAAAACAUCCAGUUCCGCACCGGCGGCCUCUGCAACCCCGGAAGCGUCGCCACCCACCUGGGCCUCUCGGCCGACGAGAUGCGCCGGAACUACGCGGCCGGCCAGCGCUGUGGAGGCGACAACGACAUCAUCAACGGCAAACCCACGGGUGCUAUCCGCGUCAGUUUCGGCGCCAUGAGCAGUCCUACAGACGUCGCUACCUUUGUCGAUUUCAUCAAGGAGUUCUACGUCGACGCUAACCCCGUCAUCUCCCGCCCUACCCUCCCCGCCGACACAACGCGAUCGGCACAACAUCCAGCGGACUCGUUCAUCGUCGAGAGCCUGUCAGUGUUCCCGAUCAAGAGCUGCGCAGCGUACAAAAUCCCGCCGGACAUGGCUUGGGAGGUUGGCCCCAAGGGCCUAGCAUGGGACCGCGAAUGGUGUCUCGUGCACCAAGGUACCAGCGCCGCAUUGAGCCAGAAACGCUAUCCUCGCAUGGCCCUCUUGCGUCCCGAGAUCGACCUCACCGACCGCGUCCUACGCGUAUCCUACGUCUCCGACAAUGUCUCGGCAUCGUCAAUAUCCUCAUCAACGACGACGACGACAUCUCACAUUCUCGAACUCACUCUCGACGAGGAAUCACCCCGCCACCACCACCUCACGUCUCUCGCAACCUGCGACGCCACCACCACCAACAAAUCAUCGACCGUGUGCGGCGACCAGGUCGACGUCCAAGUCUACACGGCCCGCGAAGUGUCCGACUUCUUCACCGCCGCUCUCGGCGUGCCCUGCACGCUGGCACGCUUCCCCACCACCGGCACAACACGACAAGCUCAGGUCCGCGUCCCCGGCAGAGGCGGCGGCAGCGGCGGCAGCGGCGGCCACCACCACCAACAGGCGACCGAGCUAGGGAGGUCCAUCGCGCUUGCGAACGAAAGUCCCAUCCUCCUCGUCUCGCGGUCCAGUGUCAACAGGCUAAACGAGCAAAUCAAACAGAACGGACCAGGGAGUCGCGGCGGCGGCGGCGUCGGCAAAGCAGUAGCUGCCGAUUCGUUCCGCGGCAACAUCGUCAUCGCCGAGCAGCAUGUCGGCGGACUCGCCGAACACCCCUACGUCGAGGACGAGUGGACCACGGUGCAGAUCGGAUCGCUCCCGGACAACAACUUUGAGAUCCUCGGCCCGUGCCAGCGGUGCCAGAUGGUCUGCGUCGAUCAGAAGAGCGCCCAGCGACGACAGGAGCCCUUUAGCACCCUGGCCAAGACGCGCCGGAGGGACGGCAAGGUGUGGUUCGGGAUGCACAUGUGUGUGAAAGCUGCCCGACAUGGCCAGCAUUCGACCCCUAUCAGCAUCAAGGUUGGGGAUAGAGUGACACCCUUUGUCUGA